AUGAUAGCCAAAGUCCAUCAUCUCCUCAUCAUUGCCUUCUUUGCUUUCUCCACAUCAGAAACCCAGCCAGAAUUAGGGCGAAAGAAUCGAGUGCCCUGGAGCAGUCAGCAUCUUCAUCAAGUUGGAGACGCUCUUCUAGAGAAGGAAGAAAUCGUCUCAAGUUUCCUGGAAGGUGUUGAACUCACCGCUUCCAUCCCUCCUGGAGCAACUACUAAAAGUCUUUAUUAUCUCGUCGGAAAUGACGCGGAUUUCGUUAUCACUGUGUCGCCAUGCAUUGGACCGUUGAAGGGAAUCCACUUUCAUUCAAUCAAAACCAUCAGACAUAGGUGGGGUGUCAGCGUAUCUAACAACUGGAUUCAUCGGAAUAAAAGCUCAAAUGAUUUAUUGACUGCUGUGCGUCGACACUACUUAUUCCAUAAACCCGUAGAGCUUAUGAGCUACGAGGUAGAGGGCGAUCUUCGACAUCAGCACCGCAUCUCAACCGGUCCUAACUGGCUAAAGGGCUCGAACUCCGCCCGAGUGCAUUUAACUUUAUCAGUAAAAUCUGGAGAUACCUUGAUAACCACCAUAUAUGGUAACCCUGGUAGCACAUUCAAAGUUCGAUGGACUGCUAAAAGGAAUGAUCUACUUUAUCAGUCCCUUCAAGGAUAUCCUGUUCUUCCACUUUCAACGCAUUUUGAUGUCUGUCGAAAGCGUUAUAGCGGAAUUGACCUCCUGAACAUUGAAUGGACCAGAGUUCCCAAUGAGGAUUCUUCGAUACAAUACUGUGUGUCCAUUAAUAGAGAAAGAAGUCUCCCACAUCGGUGCUCGCUUCAACACUUGGAGAAAAAUGUUACGGCGGCAAUCAACGCUAAGUUAAUUCACAAAUGCACUCGAGACAAUCGUUUACAGCUACUGUUACAUAGUGACCUAUCGGAUGGACAACGUCAACUCUUUCUUAGCGUCUAUGCCAUCAACGAAACCUCCAAUGUGAGCAGCGCCUACACACCUCGUGUCUUUUCAAGCAUUCCGCUCUGUGGAGAAAGACCAGCCACAGAAAUCAUCUUUGCAUUACGUCCAACUACAUACUUUGUCCACUGGUCAAUGGAUAUCAUCUUCAAUUGGCCUCGGAACUCCAAAGACAUCGCCAUGUUUCUCGUUCCAUGCCGACGAAGUAGAAAUAAGGAAUUUCUUUUCAACCUCCGUGUAUUUAAGCAAAAGACGUUUGAAGAGCACGAACAAGAGGUACCCAUUGAAGUAAUACGGAUUCGAAAUGCUCCUAUUUUGGAUUUGUCACCACUUUCAAGAAUAUUUGAUCAAAUUGGUGGGAAAAUAAGACUUCAACUCUCGCCUCUAAUGAAUGGAUACGAGGACCUCUUUAUAAAAGGUGACAAGGCCGCUAGAAUUUUCUUCCUGAACCGGACUGAACGUAGUCCCCUUCCAAUUAGACCAAGACAUUCGGGUGAAACGAAGUUGGCGAGAAGUGAUAGAAGCAUUCAAGAAGUGGAUAAUGACAACUAUCCAGUGGAAUUUCAACCAAUCUGCCAACUUCACCAAAUUCGCAUGAAAAUGGCUGUUAGUCCUGUACCACAAGUUUAUCGCAUUACUACAAUACCAAUUUCUGCCAUAAAAAAUAUUCCCUACUCGGAAAUUGAAAAAUGUGUAAACAACUGUGAAAAUUCUAUCGACGAAUUGAAAAAACUCUUUGGAUCUCAGAGUAAGACCGAUUAUCAGAGAAUCGUGGGCAGAUGGAAUUCCACAACUCUAGAGGUUCAACUUCCCUUCUCCUAUAGAUAUGACUCUCCACGACACUAUUUCAUACUUGUAUAUGCCUCGCAUGUCGAAGAUGUGACAUCCGCCUACAAGACGCUCUUCUUUCAUCGAAUACUUGACGCCUGCCACCUCAUCGAAGGCAGCUGUUACUCCUCCGGUCGAUGCUCCUAA